AUGGCGGCAACGUCUCGGAGUAUCGUGGAUAAAGUAUCAGAUAAAGAUUUUGAUGCGCGUACAGUGGACAUGGGGUUGAAAAACAUCUGGAGGUGGGAUUGGCUUGAACGGAAGGUCAAAGGGGAAUACGUGGGAAAAUUCACGAGGAAGAUAACAUCCGCCGGUUUGGCUUUCUGCGAGUUGUGCCACAAAGAUGUGCAUUAUGGGGGUUGCGGAUGGAAGGCGCUAGCACAGUACAUCGGCCAGAAAAUUCACAGAGAUAACCUGAAAUUAUGGUGGUCUAACUACAGUCUAUCUGCUGCUUUUGGACAAAAGUCAACAGAUUCCAAGGCUCCUUAUGGUAUACACCCAAUGUUUAAAGCUGCUGCUGCAAAGGCCCCUGAAGGAGCUUCUGCUGAAAUUGCCACACCAUUAGAGGACAGAAUCGUCAAUCAAGAAGCAAUGCUUUUGGCAUUCACGGCUGAAUAUUCCUUAUCAUUUGCCAUUGUUCCUAAUCUUAUUCAGUUGGCGAAAACCUUAUCUCACGAUAAAAGGGCACUGGAACAUCUAGAAAUGUCACGCACAACUGUUUCCUACAAAAUCAGGUUUGGUGUUGGAAAAAUGUUUGAGGACAAACUGUUGGAAAACCUGAGGUCCGUUCACUUCUCACUAAACAUCGAUGAAAGCACGAGUUCAAACUACCAAAAAGUUCUCAUAGUUCUUGCAAGUUACUUCAGUCCAGAUUUAAAUAAGGUAGUUGUGCAACAUUUUGCCUCUCUGACCUGCAUCAAAGUUACAAGUGAGUCUCUCUAUCAGAAAAUAGUGACCUUGUUUGAAACCAAUGAAGUGCCCUGGAGUAAUCUUAUGUCCAUACUCAUGGAUUCUUGUAAUGUUAUGAGGGGAUCAAAGUCAGGACUGGAAACUCACAUUCGGGAGAAAAAAGCUGGGCACCUGUUGGAUGUUGAUGGUGACAUUUGCCACCAUAUCCACAAUGCCGCAAAGGCAUUCUGUAAGCCCUUUGACUGGUUCUUAGAACAGCUGUUGAAUGAUUUGUUCAAUGACAUGAAGUGGUCUCCUGAUUUGAGGGAGAUGUACCAGGAAAUGUGCGAAAUUCUGGGAAUAAAGUACAGUAUACCACAGAGGUUUGUCAGCCACAGGUGGUUGUCUGUGUAUGAUGUGACUGUGGACACCAAUCGGCUGUUUGAUGCAUCAACUGUUUUCUAUUUCCCCAUGUUGAUGAAAGAGGAACACAGACAACAUCUGCCGACAGUGGUAGAAAUCUACAAAAGAUUAAACGUAUCUGAAGCAUCCAAGGAACGGAUACGGGAAAUACACAAGGAACUUGGUCAAAAAAAAUUGACAAAGGAAGGCAGGGAGAGGAAAGACCGCAUCGUCACACAGAUUUUUACACAGAGAAAACAGACAAAAAUGGUGAUGGGCUUGUACUGUUCAGUCUUCCCUCUCCUCAAACACUUUGUACUACUGUUGGAGAUGAAAGAGCCACUCAUCCACCAACUUCAUGAAUCACAGUUAAAGCUGUUUAAGGACUUCCUAGGAUGUUAUGUCAAAGCAGAAGUCAUCAACACAGCAUCAACCGGAGCUCAAUUGAAGAAGCUGGAUCUGAAGCAAGCUAUUAUGAAACCGAAGCAGAUGUUCAUGGGAAGUAAAGCAUUGAAACUGAUCCAGAGUCCUUCAACACCGACCUACAUGGUUACUUCAUUUCUAAAACAGAAGUUACCAGCACUGGCGCCUAAUGUCCUGACAGAGACAGAAGAGGAACUUUAUGAGUUAAAUAUCAGAAAAUACCAGACAGAUCAACAUCCUGAUUUCCCAGAAGGGUCUUGUAUUGAUGAGUGGUGGGGGAAAGAAGAGAUAUGUCUGAAAUAUCUGUGCCUGUCCAAGAUGGCUAAGGCUGUUCUGUCCUGUUUCCAUGGACCCCAGGUUGAAUCUUCCUUCAAUGUAAUGAAUGACGUCAUUGAUGCCAAAUCUGGGAGACUCAACAUUGAAACCUACCAAGCCAUACAAAACAUAAAAUAUGGUUGAAAGCUUCUGGUAAAUCUGCUGUGGAGUAUUUCAAGAAGAGGGACCAUCUCCAUGAUAAGGUUGAUCACACUCUUGUGAGGAAUGUCAAGCGAUCAUUCAGCCAGUAUAAGGCCAUUCUUGAAGAGAAGAAAUCAGUUGCCACAGAAAAACAGAAACAGCUGGACAUUAGGGCACAGAGCACUUUGACGAAAAGGAAAGCCAAGGAGUUGUGUCAAAAGGCAGCCAAGAAAGCCAGAGUGGAACACCAUGGUGCCAUUGAAUGAAAAACUGGACAGUUGUAUUCUGUGCCAUAACAUGCCAAUCUAAACAUUUGACUGAAAAUGCUGAAAAUGACCUGUACACUACUAACAAUGUCUGAACCAGAAAAAAUCUGUUACAUGUAUUAAAUUUUGGCUUUGGUACAAAAAUGCAUUCUUCUCUCUGUCCAGAAGAUUAGAGUUCUGUGGGGACAAAGCAGAUGGGAAAAUCUGUAAGUCAGAAAACAGUGUUGGUUUUCUUCAUAUUUUACAGGGCUCUAGUUUGAUUUUAAUAGCCAAAAACGUCCCAGAAUGCAUUUUCAGCCACGCAGAUUUUUCUAGCUUA